GGGGAGCCCGCGCACACCGUCCUCCAGGAAGCGGAUGUGUGAGCGGCAGUUGUACAGGAGCUGGGAGUGAGAGCAGCCAAGUCAUAACCGGGGACACGGAGAGAACGGGAGCCGGGCACGGCCGCACACACCCUCCUACUUCCACAUGCUAGGAUGCAACAUGGCGGCUGCUAUGGAGACUGAGCCAGUUGGAUUAGAGAUAUUUGAGUCUGCAGAGCAGGGUGGGGGAAACCCAAAACCUGAACCUUUCUACGUGGAACGCCAUUCAUGGAGUCAGAUGAGGAAGCUGCUUGCAGACACCAGAAAAUACCAUGGCUAUAUGAUGGCCAAAGCCCCACACAGCUUCACUUUUGUGAAGAGAAAUGACCCAGAUAGCCCUCACUCUGAUCGCAUGUACUAUCUGGGAAUGUCAAUGUCUGGAGAAAACCGAGAGAAUACUCUAUUUUACUCAGAGAUACCGAAGAACGUAAACCGAGGAGCAGUCCUUAUGCUGUCAUGGAAGCCUUUGCUUGACACCUUUCAGGCCACCCCUGACUAUGGUAUGUACUCUCGUGAAGAAGAGCUGCUUCGAGAGAGGAAACGUAUUGGUACAGUGGGCAUUUCUGCUUUUGAUUAUCAUGCAAAGAGUGGAACUUUCCUGUUCCAAGCAGGAAGCGCCAUCUACACUGUUCGUGAUGGAGGUACCCGUGGGUUUACGAAACAGUCACUGCAGCCACAGUUACUGGAAAGCAGUUGCCCCAACAUUCGCAUGGACCCCACCAUAUGUCCUGCAGACCCAACCUGGAUGGCAUUUGUGCACAGCAACGAUUUGUGGGCGGCCAACAUAGAGACCGGAGAGGAGCGCAGGCUGACAUUUGUGCACAAAGAUUUGGUUGGAGUAGAAGAAGAUUCGCGUUCAGCCGGGGUAGCAUCAUUCGUGCUACAGGAGGAGUUUGAUCGCUACACUGGAUACUGGUGGUGUCCCCGCAAUGAGACAACUCCAUCAGGUGGUCAGAUCCUGCGCAUCCUCUAUGAAGAGAAUGAUGAAUCUGAAGUUGAGAUAAUCCAUGUGACAUCGCCAAUGCUUGAGACUCGAAGGACUGAUUCUUUUAGGUACCCAAAAGCUGGGACUGCAAACCCCAAAGUGACAUUUAAGCUGUCAGAAAUAACAGUGGACGCAGAGGGCAGGCUUUUGGACGUUGUUGACAAAGAGCUGCGGCAGCCAUUCGAGGUGCUCUUUGCUGGGUGUGAAUACAUUGCUAGAGCUGGCUGGACUCCAGAUGGAAAGUAUGCCUGGGCUAUUCUUCUCGAUCGUCCACAGACACGUUUGCAGAUCGUUCUUAUUCCACCCGCUCUAUUUGUGGCUCCCUACAAAGAACUUUCAGAGCACCAGUGGUUGUCGGAUUCUGUAUCUGAAGGUGUAACACCUCUUGUGAUCUAUGAGGAGACAACGGAUAUUUGGAUAAAUAUUCAUGACAUCCUGUACUUUUUCCCCCAAACCCGAGAUGAUGAAAUCCAGUUCCUCUUUGCCUCUGAGUGUAAGACAGGAUUUCGGCACCUUUACCGGAUCACCAGCAUUCUAAGAGCAGCCAGUUCUGGUAGAGCAGGAGCUGAUCUCCUUGGGCUCAGUGAUUUCAGAUGCCCCAUAAAGGAAGAGGUGGCUGUGACCAGUGGAGAGUGGGAGGUUCUUGGCAGACACGGAUCCACAAUUCGGGUGGAUGAAUCCAAUAAACUGGUCUAUUUUGAAGCUACAAAGGACACUCCUCUGGAACAUCAUCUGUAUGUUGCAAACUAUGAGACUCCGGGAGAGGUGAAGAGACUUACAGACCUUGGCUUUUCCCAUUCCUGUUGUGUUAGCAAGCACUGCGAUAUGUUCAUUAGCAGGUACAGUAGUCAGACCCUCCCACAUUCAGUGCACCUUUUUAAAAUAAAAGGCAACGGAUCUGAUCCAACACAAAAGGAUAAAGAAUUUUGGGCUACUCUUCUAGAGUCACCAGGGACAGUUCCUGGAUACAUAGCCCCCGAGAUUUUCUCUUUCCCCAGUAGGACAGGAUUCACUCUUUAUGGUAUGAUGUAUCGUCCCCACCAAAUGCAGCCUGGAAAGAAAUACCCCACUGUACUCUUUAUUUACGGAGGACCACAGGUUCAGCUGGUUAACAAUCGAUUUAAGGGUGUUAAAUAUUUCCGAUUAAAUACUCUAGCAUCAUUGGGAUAUGUCGUUGUUGUCAUUGACAAUCGAGGCUCCUGUCACCGUGGGCUAAAGUUUGAAGGCGCAUUCAAAUACAAGAUGGGCCAAGUGGAGAUAGAUGAUCAGGUAGAAGGGUUGCAGUAUCUGGCAGCAAAGCACAGCUUUAUAGACCUUGACCGGGUUGGUAUCCAUGGCUGGUCAUAUGGCGGAUACCUCUCACUAAUGGCUUUGAUCCAGAAACCUGAUAUAUUUAAAGUGGCUAUUGCUGGAGCUCCUGUAACACUUUGGAUCUUCUAUGAUACAGGCUAUACAGAGCGGUACAUGGGUCAUCCUGACCAAAAUGAACAUGGCUACUACUUGGGCUCUGUUGCAAUGCAGGCAGAAAAAUUUCCUUCUGAGCCAAGUCGUCUUCUUCUCUUGCAUGGUUUCCUAGAUGAAAAUGUGCACUUUGCUCACACAAGCAUUCUCCUUAGUUUCUUAGUGCGCAGUGGGAAGCCGUAUGACCUACAGAUCUACCCUCAGGAGCGUCACAGUAUUCGGGUUCCUGAAUCAGGAGAACAUUAUGAACUGCACCUCCUGUAUUAUCUGCAGGAGAACCUGGGGUCUCACAUAGCAGUCACCAAAGCGUUGUGAGCAAAGUGUUAAUGGUGGUCAGGGUGGGGAUUGCAAGUGCGGCACCCCUGCUACCGUCAAAGAAUGGCACCUGUAGGCCACAUAUACACAGCUUGGUUCUAGGCUGACCGUCAGAGGAGAGGGAAUUGAAGGCAUAAUCCCUUUACUACAGUGAUAUCACACCACAGUCUACCAGUCAGAGAGGAUAAAUUGUGUGAACCACACCUAACUACAUUUCAUGUAGUUUGGAAAUGUGUGACCCACUACACUACAUGAUAUGGUUUUGUUAUGUUGCAAAAUGUUCAUUCUUUUUUCUUUUUCUCCCCACACAACGUUCCAAUAUCUCCAUAUAUUAUCAUGGAUCUGUGAGGAACUAGUCACUCAGUAUACAAUGUCUAUCAGAUUGAAAAAACAAAAAACAAUUUAGCACUAGGCAGCAUAAAGCUGUACACAUAAAAUGAGUUUGUUUGCUCUACUUAAAGUCCAUGAUAUGACAUUACAACAUCAAAGUGACUGGCUAUUCUUCUCUUUGAUUGGUUAUGUCCAUCAUCUGGCCCAUAUAUGCCCCAUGGCCAUGAUUUAAAGGGGUGUUCCAAUCUCGUAAAAUGAUGGUAUAUUGAGAGAAUAUAGCAUUACUUUAUGAUCAGAGGGGGUUGACUUCGGGAACCCCUACCAGUCUUGGGAAUUAAGUAACAGAAGCCAUGGGUACUAUUUAUACCCUGCACAUCGGUGUUCCUAGCUACUGGUUGUGCAGGGAACAGCAACCCAGCUCUAUUUACUUGAAUGGGCUUUUGUGCUGAAUCAUAACAUGAUCAGUACAUAGUCGCAUUAGGUGAAAGUGUAUGGCCAGAGAUCCCCUGAAUGACUGCAAGAAGAUAUAUAAAACAAAAAAAAUAUAUACAUAUUUAUAGAAGGAAUAAUCUUAAUUCUCAGGACCGGUGGACCCCCACAGAUCAUAAAGGGAUGGCAUAUUCUAGCAAAGUUUCACCACUUUGAGAUGGGACUAUGAGGGCCAGACAUUGGCCAGUUUCACUUUUUCUCUUAUCAACAGUUGAAAAGCAUUCCUAGCCCUUUGGUGGGAAUCUGCUCAUUAACUGCUUAUAGAUUAAGCACCAUAUUCCUUUUUUAUUGUAUAACUUUUGGAGUGCCUUUCUUCUUUGCCUCUCUGUCCACUCCUCUUCUGGUCCUGACCGUUAUGGAUAGCUUCUGCAUGCAUCAUCAAAAACUUGGAGUAUUUUUGCUCCUCUUCUUUUCACUGGUUAUGUCACACCUCCAUGCUCCACAAUGCAGUUUAGCUGGGAAAAUCUCUGGUUAUCCCAAAAUUUUACUGGGUAUCACAGCCCCCAUUAUUUAACUUCCCAGCAGCCGAAAGUUGUAAAUCCAUGUGCUUAUAAGUAUGACCCUUCUUUUGCAGGACCAUCACAGGCAGUGUAAAUUUCCCAGUUACCACCCCAGUUAAGGUUUUGCACACAUCAUCAGUCUUUUGUACAGCACUUUAUAACAUGUAAUCAAACAAAAAAGAGGAAAAGGUGCUACUUUAACUACUUGAACAUUUUGCUCAGUUUGGAUUUUCAGUGGCUUGGUGCAUCUUACAUAACAUCUGUAAUGUUGAUGGUAGUUUUAAGGAUUGUGGUAGGUGCAACAUACUGCUUUCCCAUAUUGUAAAACAAUGCUGGCUGCUCCGAUACCUCAUAAUGUGUCAUCUUGUUCCCUCUCAGCAUGAUGUAUAUUGGAUUUGUUUUACAUUUUCUUACCCGAAAUCCAACAUGGACAACGUUGUAUAUUUUUGUUGUCUGCCACCAACCAAUUUAAGUAGGAACUAUUAAACCCCUGUAGAAUGUACCCUGUAUUCUUAUGGUUGGCAGUCAUCUAGCAAAUCAAAUGUAAGUAAGGUAACCAGCAAUCUACAGUGUUUUUUUUUUAUUCUAGGGAUUGCUAACUUCAUGUGAUCUUAUACUUACCUGCUGAAAUUGUUAUUUUAGUCCAAAAUACCAUACCAACAAGAAUAUAGAGGACUCGAAGGAUUUCCCACUGAUCGGCAGCACAGCAUUAUAUUAAGAAAUAGUCUGGAAGAAUUAAUUCCAAUGUUUCUUGUUACGACUUAAAAUACAUAUAUACAUUAAAUUGUCAGAGGAUUGUUGCUAAGCACCUGUAGUUAAAGAAAUUAUCAGGCUGAAGUCUGCCUUACAUUAUCCCCUGCCUUAAAGCGUGGUGGUUUGACAUGCAGGGGACUGCAUAGCUUAGAUUUACCAUUGUCAGCCCAAGUGGGACAGAUAGUAGUCCCCUCUACACCCCCUCUCCCCCCCUUAAGUGAUCCUGUAUAAAUUUCUAGAAUGUCAAGUGUUUUAAACUAAACUUGUAAUUAUAUGGAUUUUUAUUUUAAUUGUUAAGUCUUGAACUAUUAAUCUCAUAAUGUCACUGUCAUUAAUGGAGUAUGCUCUCUUCUCACAAAGUCUCUUUUAAAGGUGCCAUAUUCUGCUAUGUUUGAAAACUAGAGAUGAUAUAGUCUUUAAAAAAGAGGGAAACCACUUGUCUGUG